ACCCGGUCCAGUUUGCCCCGCCAUCCGAAGCCGGAGUCUUCUUCUUCCUUCAAAUCCCCGCCACUGGCAGUUGCGAAUCCGAUCGCAGACAAUUCAAAUCAGUCUUACAGAGAAACCACCAUGGUCUCUAUCGUCUUGGGCAGUCAAUGGGGAGAUGAGGGGAAGGGAAAGAUUACAGACAUGCUGUCGCAGCAGGCGACGCUGUGCUGUCGUGCAGCUGGUGGUCACAACGCCGGCCACACCAUCGUCCACGAGAACGUCACCUACGACUUCCACAUCCUGCCCUCGGGUCUCGUCUCGCCUUCAUGUAUCAACCUGAUUGGUGCCGGUACCGUGGUCCACGUUCCCAGCUUCUUCAAGGAGCUGGCUCAGCUCGAGACCAAGGGCCUGUCCACCGCCGGCAAGCGUAUCUUCAUCUCCGACCGCGCGCACGUCUGCUUCGACCUACACUCCGUUGUUGACGGUCUCGAGGAGGCCGGUCUCGGUGGCCGCAAGGUCGGCACCACGGGCAAGGGUAUCGGCCCCUGCUACAGCGAUAAAGCUGCGCGCCGCGGUGUGCGCAUUGGCGAGAUUCUGGACGAGGAGACCUUUGAGCGGAAACUGCGCACCCUGAACACUUCGUACUGUGCGCGCUUCGGAGAUCUGGCCUACGACGUCGAGGAGGAGAUUGCUCGCUUCAAGGAGUACCGCAAGCAGCUGAAGCCGUACAUCGUCGACCAACUCGCCUUCAUGCAGGAGCACAAGAACUCGCCCAACACCCUGGUCGAGGGCGCCAACGCCCUGAUGCUGGACCUGGACCACGGCACAUAUCCCUUCGUGACCUCUUCAUCAACGGGUCUGGGCGGCGCCGUGCAGGCUCUCGCUCUCAACCCGACGAGUAUCAAGUCCGUCAUCGGUGUCCUGAAGGCCUACACCACCCGCGUGGGCUCCGGUCCCUUCCCCAGUGAGCAGCUCAACGAGGACGGUGACAAGCUGCAGAGCGUCGGCCGCGAAUUCGGCGUGACAACCGGCCGUCGCCGCCGCUGCGGCUGGCUCGAUCUCGUGCUGGCGCGCUACUCCCACGCCAUCAACCACUACACCGCGCUCAACUUGACCAAGCUCGAUGUCCUGGAUGACUUUGACGAGAUCAAGGUCGGUGUUGCAUACAUCCUGCCCGACGGCACUCGCACCACUGGCUCGUUCCCCGCCGAUCCCAACGUCGUCGAGAAGCUGCAGGUCGAGUAUGUUACUCUGCCAGGCUGGAAGAGCAACACUAUGGGUGUUACCCGCUACGAGGACCUGCCGCCUAAUGCCAAGGCUUACGUUGAGUACAUUGAGCGUGAGAUCGGCGGUGUUCCUAUCAAGUGGAUCGGCACCGGUCCUGCGCGCGAGCACAUGAUUGCGCGCGAGUAGGUGUUCUGGUGGUAAGUAUCUGCC